AUGUACCUGUAUGAUAAAGCAAAAACUCUUUGUAUAAUGGUUAUAAUUAUGGCUCAAAACUUUUCAGAAAAGUUUCAGAAAAGUCGUGAAAAUGCGUCUUUGGCGUGGAUGGUUUUGGAUGAGAUGGAUGAGAUGGAUGGAGAUGGAGUGGAUGGGCAUGGAUGGCGUAGAUGGGCAUGGAUGGCGUGGAUGGACGCGGAUGGGCUUGGAUGA